AUGUCAGAGGACAUGGAAGUCACGAACUGGGGCUACACACAUAUCAGUGUUAAGGAAUUCUGCUAUGUGUGGACUAUUAGGAACUUUUCACCUUGCAUAGAUGGAAUUAGGAGAACGAUUACGAGCCCAGUCUUCUCGUUAGAGGCCAAUGAUGAAGUGACAUGGUGUUUGAGAGCACACCCAAAUGGGGUCGAUGAAGUAAGCGAAUGUUACAUGUCAGUUUUCCUGGAGUUGCUCAGCUGUCGAAAGAGCCCAGUUUGGGCAAAGUACGAGUUCUGGAUCACAACUUCCCAAGGAGAGAAAUAUCAAUGUAUGAAGAGCUUCAAUGUCCAUAGUUUUCAAAAAAACCAAUACAGGGGAUUCAAAAAGUUCAUCCUUGGAGAUUUCCUCAUCUCUCAUCCACGUCGGUUUCUCCCUGAAAACAAGCUCACCCUCUGCUGCAAGGUGAGCAUAGUAGGAUCUGUCUUUGGCAUGCCUGGACAGAACAUAACACCUGCAAUCAAGGAUCCAAGGCACCUGUUGACAGAUGACCUAGGAGAGCUGUGGGAGAAUUCCCUGUUCACAGACUGCUGCCUGUUGGUAGCUGGCCAUGAAUUCAGGGCUCACAAGGCCAUCCUAGCAGCUCGCUCUCCAGUUUUCAGAGCCAUGUUUGAACAUGAAAUGGAGGAGAGACUAGGAAACCCCACUGAGAUCCAUGACCUGGAUCCCAAAGUCUUUAAGGAGAUGAUGGGCUUCAUUUACACUGGGAAGGCGCCACACCUCCAAAGCCACUCCAUGGCCACUGAUGUGCUGACAGCUGCUGACAAGUAUGGUCUGGAGGGCCUGAAGGUCCUGUGUGAGGAUGCCCUCUGCAGGAACCUCUCUGUGGAGAAUGCUGCACAAACUCUCAUCCUGGCUGACCUCCACAAAAGAGAGCAGCUGAAGACUCAGGCCCUGUAUUUCAUUGCACUUCAUGCUUCUGUGGUCUCUGAGACCUCAGAGUGGAAGUCAAUGAUGGAGACCCAUCCCCACUUGGUUGGCUGA